AGCAAAGCAAAAAGUCGUCCCCUGCUCUCUCUCUCUCUCUCUCUCUCUCUGUCUGAGCCACCCUGUACUGCUCUGUGUAGCUGUAAGCUCUACUGUUCGCUUUUGGCCCUCCCCUAUACGCAUCGCCAUUAACGCACGCUCGCCCCGGUAGUCCCACUACCAACACUUCGCGCACUCGCGACAAAUACGUCCCAACAACGCCCUUUCCCUCCCUCUCUCCCUCUCUCUGUUUUUCUGCUCUGUUUCCUUGCAGAAUUCAGGACCAGUGGUGGGAAGGGAGAGAGAGAGAGCCACGGAGGGGGAGGGGACAGAAGCUGCAGGUGUCGUUACAGCUCGCAACCCAGAGAGAGAUAGGGAGAGAUAGGGAACUGCGUUGUGUGUUUUUUCUUAAGAGAGGGAGAGAGAGAGAGAGGGAGAGAGGCAGGGGAGGGGGGUGGUGACUGGUGUGGGGCAUCGAGAUUCGAGCCCGGAACGGGGAAAAGAGGAGGGAGGGCUGAUCUUCGGGGCGGAUCAGGACGAUUUAAAGCAAAGGCGGCGAGAAUUUAUGAUUUCACUUCAUACGAUUGAGACCCUUCUCUCUGUGUGACGCCAUAUUUCUCACCAACUUUUCCUCUAGCGAAGUUGCCCUUGUGGGCUGUUUUCUUUCCCGUUUACUCCGCAAAGGGUGUUUCUUUUUGCCCAUAUUUCUAUUCCCAUCAUUGCUCACUGUGCAUGUACGAACUCUCUCCGUUUCUCUCUCUCUGAACCCAUUGAUGUCUUGAGCAACUUGGCUCAACCGCCUUUCUUUGCUUGUCCUUCACUCCUCCCCUGCGACUCCCGAGUUCUUUCCUCCUUCGCUCUGGCAAAAGAGAUAAAAGGCAGUCUCUUGCUCUGCGUGUUCUUCCUCAUAGCAUUGUCCUUUUCCCAAUAUCUUCGUUUCUAGCGAACGAGAGCUCCUUCUCUCGCAUUCUCUGCUUGGAAUGGUGUCCGUUAGAAGGAUCAUGAAGGUCUCGAGUCUGGUGGGACUGUCUCUGUGACGGGUUUGCUCGUUCAAGGAAGAAUUUUUUUUCUCUGUUUCGUUCCAGCGAGCAAGAUAGUUUGCGGCACAAAGCGUGUCGGCGGUUUUCAGAUUCUGUCGGUUCUUGUAUGGGCUCGAAACUCGCCAUUUCUGUGUGACGAAAGAGUUCUCUUUUCUCGUGGCCACCUUCCGACAGGCAAAAAAAGGGUUGCUCUGUUCUUGUGCAAAAGAUUGCGAAAAAUGAAGUUCAUGAAGUUGGGAUCGAAGCCAGAUGCGUUCCUAGCAGACGGAAAAUCUAUCAGGUAUAUAUCUGCGGAACUGGCGGCGGACAUUGCCAUAAGUGUUGGUGAGGUUAAGUUCUACCUUCAUAAGUUCCCUCUCUUGUCCAAGAGCUAUCGCAUGCAGAAGUUAGUGCUGAAGGCUAACGGGGAGAAUUCUGAUGAAAUUAAUUUGGUUGAUUUUCCUGGAGGACCAAAAGCUUUUGAGAUUUGUGCAAAAUUCUGUUAUGGGAUGACGGUUACUCUUAAUGCUUACAAUGUUGUGGCUGCUCGUUGUGCAGCCGAAUACCUUGAGAUGACUGAGGAUGUUGAUAGGGGUAACUUGAUUUUCAAAAUCGAGGUAUUUCUCAAUUCCAGUAUCUUUCGGAGCUGGAAAGAUUCCAUCAUUGUUCUUCAAACUACAAGGUCUCUACUUCCAUGGUCCGAUGACCUCAAGGUAGUUGGGAGAUGUAUAGAUUCUAUUGCCUCAAAGACAUCUAUCGAUCCUGCAAAUGUUAAUUGGUCAUACACACACAAUCGCAAAUUAGCUUCGGCAGAUAGAGUUCUUGAGGAGGGGAUUAAGUUUCAGGAGAGAAUGGAAUCUGUACCCAAAGAUUGGUGGAUUGAAGAUCUAUGUGAGCUGGAUAUUGAUCUGUUCAAGCGAGUGAUCGUCGCAGUGAAGUCAAAAGGACGGAUGGAUGCGAAUGUGAUUGGAGAGGCUCUCAGAACGUAUGCUGUCAGAUGGCUGCCGGAUUCUGUUGAUGCUUUGGUCUCAGAUGCCAACCAAUUUAGAAACAAAUCUCUUCUUGAAACUCUCAUUGCUUUGUUGCCAUCUGAUGUUAAUUCUGGUUCUUGUAGUUUUUUGCUAAAACUGCUAAAAGUGGCUACCUUGGUGGGAACAGAUGGUUUGGCAAGGGAACAAUUGGUGAAAAGAGUUAGCCUGAAGUUGCAUGAGGCAUCAGUGAUAGAUUUGUUAAUUCCAUCUUGGGCUCCACAAAGCACAAAAUAUGAUGUAGAAUUGGUGAAGUGCCUUCUGAAGCAAUAUCUAUUGCAUGGAAAUUAUGGCAGGGAUUAUGGCAUCAAGAAUAAUGAAAUUGGAAACGGGAUGAUCCUUUUGGAGCAUAAUUCUUUGUUAAAUGUUGGUAAACUGAUAGAUGGCUAUCUCGUUGAAAUAGCACAUGAUCCCAAUCUGUCACUAUCAAGUUUCAUCGAGUUAUCACAGUCAAUUCCUGAUUCAGCGAGACCGAUUCAUGAUACCUUGUACAGAGCAAUUGAUGUAUAUCUGAAGGAGCAUCAGGGCUUGACAAAAUCCGAAAGAAAAAGGAUAUGUGGGUUGAUGGAUGUCAAGAAACUGACCAUGGAGGCAUCCAUCCAUGCUGCACAAAAUGAACGUCUGCCACUUCGGGUUGUCGUCCAAGUUCUUUAUUUCGAGCAGGUUAGAGGGGCUCAAGCCCUCACCAGCACUCAGCGGGACACUUCGUGCUCUACGACGAACACCGACGAAGAAUCCGACAAGAUGACCGUGGAAAGUUGCAGGAAGCUCGAGAAACAGAUGAGCCGCAUCAAGAUUGAGGAUGGGGAUGCAAGGAAAAAGGGGAAGCUGGCUAAGAAAGCUUGCAGGAACAGCCGAAGUGGGGCCCAGUUGCUUCCCUCAAGAUCCAGGAGGAUAUUCGAUAGACUGUGGCCUGUCGGCAAGGGGCAUGGAGAGCACAAGAGCUCCGAGACGUCUGGGAGUUCUCAGAGCCCAACGUCUGUGGUUCCUGCAGAUACCAAAUCUUCCAGAUCGUCCACGAGACGCAGGCGGCAUUCUAUAUCCUAGGAGAAAUUCAUUACCUGUUCAAUGCAGAAAAUUUUAGGUUGUUCCAAGUGUAAAAAGUGGUAGAAAUCAAUCAAGUAGUGUCCGUUUCAUUUGCCUUGUUGGUUGGGUUAGUGCAGUGUCCUGGGGAAGGUGCUGAUGCAGAAAGAUUGGGUUCGGCGGUAUGGAUGCUUUCACUUUGUAAGACUUGCUGCUGCUUCUUAACUUUGUGAAUUCAUGAAUCUAGGGUGGAUAUUUGCUCUC